AUGUCUUUCUUUUUCUUUCCAAAUCUGCCGAUUCUUUUCUUUCUUUCUUUCGCUCGUUCUAUCGUUUUUAAUUUCUUUCAUUCUUUCUUUCUUUCGUACCUUGUUUUUGUUCAUUCUUUCUAUCUUUCUUUUCUCAUUCCUAUUUUCUUUAUUUAUUGUUUGUUUCUUUCACUCUUUCUUUCGCUCUAUUUUUAUUCUUUCUUUCUUCUCCUCUUCAAUUAUGAAGAAUAUUUCCCUAAAUUUCCUCAUUCUCCUUCCGUCCAUGUUUUCUUUCUUUCUUUUGUUCAUAAUAUAAUUUUUGACAUUUCGUUCUUUUUCACAAUUUCUUUCGUUCUUCGUUUCCAAUCUUUUUUCAAAUUCUUUCUUUCAACUUAUAAUAUUUUUCUUUCCCACAUUGAUUAUUUCAUUUUCUUUCUCAAUGACGAAUCCCCUUUUUCCUCUUUUCAUUUUAUCUCUGUCUCCCAUCGUUAUUUUAGAAAUAUUUAUGCGUCCUUUGUUUAUGUGCAACCUUUUUUGCAUCGAUUAAUUUCACCCUAA